AUGGACCGCGGGCUUCUUCCUAUGGAUGUGGAAGGAACAUCUUCUCAAACCUUCAAGAUAUUCUCAACCCUUGCUGAAUCCCUGUUGGUGUUGAUCAUUUCACAUCGACAAUAUUAUGCUGAUUUCCCUUUUUGUCCAUGGAAACAUGGAACCGAACCUUGCGAGCAUAUCUUUGGAUGGAUGAGAAUAAUUUCUCCUAAAUUUAGUGUUCUUGAUGCUCGUCUCAUGAUGCCCAAGAUUAUUGCGGUCGUCAAGAGCAUCAUGAGUGGUAGAAUGAAAAUGCCACCAUCAGAACACCUGCACGCGGGGUAUCAAGUAGAUUUACAUGAAGAAAACCCAGAUAACCUCAAUCACCUUCGCGAUUUCCCCUCAAAUCAAGAUAUAACUGAAGAUCUCAAAAUUGCUAAUAAACGCGCUCUCAGUUUGGCUGAGUUUUGUGGGAUGGUUGGAACAGAGCUCAGUAAUUUAGAUGAUGAUAUAGAAGAGAUUGUCAGCUCAACUGUCAACCAAUGUCAAGAACCGUUUCCAGAUAUUUCAACUAGCGCUGCGAAGGACUAUGGAAUUAACUAUGAAUUUGAACAUGGUGAAUUUCCCGAGGACGUGGCUUUUGAAGCAGCAGCCAGGUUGACAAAGGAGAAGAACCGUCUCAAUUUCAUGCUUGAUCAAGUGACGGAGACUCUUGACCCCAAAGUGAUUCAAAAUGCUGCAAUGUCAAUAUCAAACCUUCUCAACUCUAGUGCCUCACAGCUCAAAUGGUCCUACUUCAACAUUUAG